AUGAAUGAACUUAUCAUCGUGCAUUCGACAGUGCCUUCAAAUCCAAACACCACCGUUAGACAGAAUGUGACAUGCCCAGAUGGAACACCAGUAGAAGACUCUUUUACUUGUUGCAGUGCACAGGAAAACAGACCCGACUUCAGUAGAGAACCAUCGCUGAAUGAUGCAUUUAGGCAGUCAGAACGCUCAGCAUCGUGGUAUCAAUGGUCUAUGGAAGAACGAAUGUUCCGACGAAAACGCACCACCGAUAAGUUAAAACAUGACGGUGGUUUCAUGUACUCCAACAUGUACAAAGAUUCAGUGCCCUCCUGCCGCUUUCUGUUCGAUGAACUUAAAUACGACUUUGGGAUUCCCAGUCCGCAGCUGCAUCCCUCACCUGUUAUGGGUCAUGAAUUCAGUGGACGUCACAGCAAGAUUUUCAGUGAUCCUACUUUUGUUCUCAGUCUGGUUCGAUGGGCUCGCGUGGGCACUUCUCGAUUAAUCGGGGAUGACGAUCAAAUUGACAGACUGAAUUACCAAAUCACAACUCUCAUCUUGCUCCUCCUAAUCGCUCUCACUGGAAUGCGACAAUAUCUGUCUUACUUACCGUUGCAAUGCUGGAUACCACAGGAGUUCUCCCGCAGCUGGGAAGAGUAUGCAGAACACUUUUGUUGGGUCACAAACACAUACUUCGCGAACGUUAAAGCCCGAAUACCUGAAAAUGAGCGGAAGCAUGUGGUCCGAUAUUACCAGUGGGCACCGUUUGUACUCGUGCUGCAAGCAGCUGGUUUUAUUCUUCCAUGCGUCAUCUGGCGACUACUUCAAAAUUACUCUGGCUACCAUGUACACCGGAUAAUGCGUACCGCCUCCCAGGUGGUUUGUGCAUCACCAGCAUCCAGCACAGCCACCAUACAAGGAUUAGCAAAUUACAUGGAUGCGGUCACCUGCCGACGGAAGUAUAAGUUUUGGAAAACAAAGUUCACGAAUUAUCAAUGUCACCAAUACCCACCAAAGCCCAAUCCACCAGUAAGCACUUCUGCUCCCCACACUGUUCAGUUCCGUAGCCCUAUGCGACAGUCUACAAUGUGGAAUAUUGAAUAUGGUACCUCAAAGCCAAGCGCUCAGUUCGAGGCGCGAUCAACGAAGCGAGGUACGAAGCCUCCAGCACCGCAACCACCUACCGUAAAUUCAAGUGACAACAAACCAAAAAGUGAGGGGAUUCAACGAUCGCGCACACAUUCGAGGAGUUCUCAGUCUAAUCGACAGUCAUGUUUUGCCUGUUGUAUUCACAAAAGCGCAAAACGAGUCAAAGCGACUGCUACUGAGAAAGAAGCUUGUCAUUCAUCGCUGCUUCCUCCUGGUGGAAAGCCUAUAACCAAAACGAACGGAAACUGCCUGUGUCUUUGUUCUACCAGAAUGCAUGCGGAACCUUUUUCAAAGAAUCAGAGCAAGAAAUAUGAGGGACAUGUUACGCGCCAUCCGACCCCGCCUGCUUCCAAAAAUGCUCGAAGGCAACCACACCCAAAGGGGUGCCAAGCAAUGAUUAUGCUAAAGAGGCUUGGCCGUAUUCUCUGGUUUGUAUUUCGGCUGUUAUCGACCUUGGUCUGCUUAAUUCCAGGAUGUCUGUGCCAUUGGUUUCGAGGAUCACAGCGUAGCAACAGUUUUCUGUUCUAUCUUUACACAACGGUGAAGCUUUUUUAUCUUAUCAAUUUGGUCGGACAGAUAUGUUUUAUGAAAAUAUUUUUAGAUGCAGAAUCGCAUCUGUUCGGUUUCCUCAUGCUUCGCGACCUGAUUCAAGGCAAAGCGUGGACGGAAACAGGAAACUUUCCACGAGUGACGUUUUGUGAAUUUGAGGCAAAAAAGAUGGGGAAAAACUACAGGUACACACUUCAGUGUGUUUUGCCGCUGAACUUGUUUCUGGAAAAAGUUUACGUGUUUCUUUGGCUUUGGCUGACUUUCGUUGCGGUGCUGACGGUGUAUAGCCUCUUCAAGUGGUUGUUCCGAUUGAGCAUUCCGGAGAGCAGAUAUGAAUUUAUUUGCAAAUUUCUGUUCCCUUGGAAGAGUUCUGAUACGUUUGAACAACAACCGUUCGACCAGUUGGAUAAGCAUUAUUUGCGCAUGUUUGUAGAUGAGUAUCUGGAUAGAAACGGCGUAUUUCUCUUAUGGCUUGUCUCGGUGAAUGUCGGCUCCCCAAUCGCCGGUGAACUAACGAGUGCACUUUGGGAUUUGUUUCUUUCUCGAGUCACAGCAAUCCCGCCUGUCUCACAGGUCAACGCUUCCGGCUCGCCCGCUGAGGAGAAUGUUAACGUUGCUUUUGAAUACUCCUCAAGUAGUGAGCCAGGUCGCCAGAACAUGAAAGUAUCUUCAGACACCAGACAAGGCGCUAGGUUCUCUCCCACAUGUAUACCCCCUAUUUAUUCCGUCAAAAAAUACUCCACACUGAUAGCAAACGAUCCUGCUACACUGCCAGUAAAUACCCAACAACAAGAAAAACAGUACAAAACCCAGCUCCAAACUGACCUUCAUCGGACACUUAUAUAUGAACAACGUGCUGCGCGUGGUGGAAGUGAUCUGCUGUACAAACAUGAAGCUGCUUCCAGCCUGGACAGCAUUGUAUAGUUAGCAUUUCACUUGAAGUCCACCUCUUUGACUCGUUUCUGAAUCAUGUUGCUUAUCGGUGGCUGGCACAAGACAAGUGCUCGUUAUCCGCAGUUGUGAAUACUAAGCUG